AUGGAGUAUGGCUCUUGUCUGGCAAAUGUGUGGAUACACAUCCCUGAGAGUUCCUUUAAUGGUGGGUUUAUCCCACUGAGCCGCACUGGUUACACUAUUCCUGUGGCAAAGAUGCUUAACGAGCUACCACAGUCGAUCCAUAUGGAACUCUUUCGAUACAGACAGGCAGUCCGGGAGGGACGUAUGCCAAUAGCGGAUCCACCAAGGGUGGUGCUGAAUGCGGCAGACAUCCCGAUAUGUCGCCUUCACAUCCUUGAUCGCUGCCGCUACGCAGAGGAGUGCAGUUUUCUGCACUUGUGCAAGGAAAUCAUGCAGCUUGACCCCAAGCUUCCUUUGGGACGCAGAUCACGGCCUAAAACGCCACAGGAUGCCCUACCGUUUUCUCCAAUGGAGCCUCAAGGUUCUUCCAUGCGGUCUUCCGCUUCUGCCUCAUCUACACCCGCGUUUCUGUCGGUACCACAUGCACGACAAGCGUCUGUGCGUGGCUUUCCUUUGGUUCUUCGAAGUGCUGCAAGCGGACAGAGCUCCAUAACCAACUCUUUUUCCCUGAGUGGUGAGGCGAGUACAUGCAUUGGGAGUACGGGCUCAGCACCUACGCUCAGCAUUAACCGUGAAUCUGUGACGAGGGAAGUUGCGACUGUGGAUUCCACGGCGGCUGCACACCGUCAGCCGUGUGGUUGUGACCAACAUACGCAGAAGCAUAAAUCAGAGACGCGACCGCACCAAUACUCAUCCAUCUUCUUUGCUCCUGAGAACUCGAUGCGUUCUGAGGGUCUUACCUGUGGAGUGGUGGACACCGCACCCGAGAUGCGACACUCUGCGGUUAGCACUGUUGAUCACGCGCUCCCCAUAUCCCUUCGUGUUGGAAUGUCGGAUUCAGUGGGCCCGCUUAGCCGCGAUGACGGCGCCAGCGCCUCUUCAAUGAGCUUGUCUGCGAGUUGCAGGUGCUACGGGGCGGCAAAAUGGCAACAUGAACCGUACAGACCUCGGAUUUUGGUCUAG